CAAAGAAGUGCAAUGGACGGCUUUGUAAAUGAUCCAUUAACUUGGGAGCUAAGGAGCAGACACAGAGGGCUUGCUUUUCGAUCAUUGAUCGAUCCUUCAGAAUCUGAAAUCAAUGGAAGAAGGAAGUGACAGCAGCAAACACAACAAGAAGAAGCCAACCAAGAGAAAACCAGUGUUCACCAAAGUGGAUCAGCUCAAACCUGGUACCACCGGUCACACCUUGGUCGCUAAUGUUUUAUCUUCAAACACUGUUCUCCACAAAGGAAGACCCACCCCUCCCUCUGUUCGCCCCACUCUCAUCGCCGAGUGCCUCAUCGGCGACGAAACCGGCACCAUCAUCUUCACCGCUCGCAACCAACAAGUUGACUUAAUGAAGGCUGGAACCACCGUAAUUCUUCGUAAUGCAAAGAUUGACAUGUUCAAGGGUUCAAUGAGGCUAGCUGUUGACAAAUGGGGCCGGAUCGAGGUAACUGAACCAGCGAAAUUCACAGUGAAAGAAGAUAACAACCUCUCUCUGGUUGAAUAUGAAUUGGUGAAUGUCGUUGAAGAAUAAUUCCCAUAGAAGAAUGCAAAAGAAAGCUACAUGGUUUGAUCUAUGGUGCAAUGGAUACUGUGAAGGGUGAAACUUAACUGGUGAUGGAUGGAUGGAUUGGUAUACUUUCUCAUUUUAAUUUGCCGGCAUUUUCCUUUCAACACGCUUGACAUCAUUUAGGGUAAAAGUUCAUGGCACUUGAACAAUCUUGUGUGCCAAGCUAUAUAUAGAUUUGCUACUAUCUUUAUCAGCAACUGUAUCCAAUGAACUUUAAAAGAGAAGUAUCUUAUCGUGUUAAUAUAAUCAUCGAUAUAAUCGAAUUGGACUUGCGAACGAUGUUUAUG